AAUAUGGCCAGUAUUCUGCAAAGAGAAGAAAUGGAUGAACUCCUGAAAUGGAUUGGAGGUCGUAGAAAAUUCCGACUGCUAUAUAAGAUCACCAGAGAUGGAUGCUCAGCUUCAACAUUCCAUUCUAAGUGUGACAACAAGGGAAUGACACUGACUGUCCUUUAUAACAACAAUGAUACCGUGUACGGGGGCUUUACAUCUCAAAACUGGACCAGUGCAGGAGGGGCGUACGUCUCUGACCCAAAGGCGUUUCUUUUCCAGCUAAAGUUCAAUGGGAAAUGGUCGCCAAAACAGUUCUCCAUCAAACCUGAGAAACACGUACACGCAAUACACUGUAACUCAGGUUAUGGCCCGACCUUUGGAGCAGGACAUGAUCUUUUCGCAUUCAGUGGCACACUUAAUGCAAGUAACGGUAUUUUUGCUUUGAAUGGAAGCUGCAAUCUGGGCAAUACUUACGAUAUGAAAGGAACUGACUUCAACUCCUUUGCGAAUGGAAACUUACAAGUGAAAGAUCUGGAAGUUUAUCAGAUCGAUGAAUGUGACAUGAAUGAUCCGUUAGAUGUUCCUUGGAGAAAAACUCCGGAAUGGACAACAAGGGUAAUGGAGGAACUAAAGGAAGAAAUAGAGAACUAUAGACCACUAGAACAACUGAAGUUCCGUCAGACAAAGAUCAUGCUGAUUGGUCAGAUUGGGGCCGGAAAGUCCAGUUUCUUUAAUACAGUGAACUCCAUCUUCCGCGGUUACGUGACCAGUCAGGCGUGUAGCGGAACGGCUGACCACAGUCUCACAACACAGUUUCGAGCUUAUCAGGUAAGAAAUGGUCCCUCUGGUAAACCUCUCAACUUCCGGUUAUGCGACUCACGUGGUCUAGAGGAAGGACAAGGGAUUGAAACGCAGGAGAUGUGUUACCUAUUGGACGGUCACGUGCCAGAUAAAUACGUUUUCAACCCCUCAGUUCCGCUGACCCCAGACACCCCUGGAUUCAUCAAGGCCCCAAAGCUGAAGGAUCAGAUCCACUGUGUGGCGUUUGUGAUUGAUGCUUCCACAGUAGAUGUCAUGUCGGAGAAAAUACUAGAAAAAAUUAGAAAACUUCAAACACCCAUGAAUCAAAGAGGUAUCCCUCAGGUUGUAUUACUCACAAAGAUUGACAAAGUAUGUGAACCACUGCAGCAUGACGUCGGAUUGACGUAUUUCGUCCCUGCAAUUCAAGAGUACGUGGAUAGGGUGGCGAUGAUGAUUGGUCUACCGAGAUCUCACGUGAUUCCUGUCAAGAACUACGAGAGUGAACGAGAUCUUGACACCAAUGUGAAUAUUCUAACACUGUUGGCCAUGCAGCAGAUUCUCCAUUUUGCAGAUGAUUUCUUGUACAAUUAUCUGGACGACUUGGACCCCGAGUUAUUGGACAAAAUGAAUACCACAGAUUAAACCUUCUAAACAUUUGAUGACAUAUUAAUUCAGUGUCAGAAAUACUCUUCUUAUAUAUAUAUAUUGUUAUAUCGAUAGCUGCUAAUUGUUCUGCCAGAAAGUAUUUGAGUUCAGUUUUUGAUUGGCAUUUUCAUUUACAGGACAAAAAUCCUAUGUGUUCAUUUUUUAUUUCGAUUAGGCAAACCAGUAUAAACUUAUAUAAUAAAAUGUAAAUACUU